AUGUCGCCGUCAACAACUACAGCUGCUAGUAGUGCCGCAACUACAACUGGCUCUAGCUCUAACAGCUCAAGCUCUUCAAACUCACCUCUUUUAUUUUUUGUCGCACUUGGAUUCGGCGUUGUCUUCACCAAUCUAUGGUAUGCCUUUCAUUUUAUAACCAAGAACAUUGAAGAAAGCUCACAACUGCGCAGGAUUAUUGUCGGUGUAAAGUAUUGCUUCCGAUAUAAUCAACGGAAUCGGCAAUUACGCAACGAGGAAACAGGCGAGCCAAUAGAUCUUGUGCCCGUACAUCGACCCCAUCGCAGACGACGAGAGAAGAAGCUGAUGACGAUGGAUGAAGUCAAUGAGCGAUUCCUCUUGGUAAAAUACAAAGUAUGGAGGUCAUCUCGUGCCACUCAAGGUCUGCCGACAGAAGGAGGCAUCGCCACAACCCCCAAUAGUAGGCCACAGGACUUGAAGGACGAAGAUGAGGUCCUUCCUGCACCAGUAACGGUCUCAGCAACUGCAUUAGUUUCUACGAAACAGAUUGAGCAGAAGGAAAUAGAUGCGACUGUCCUCCAUGAUGCUUCUUCUGGUCAAGAUGGGAAAGCGACAGUGACACAAGCUGACGAUAAUCCCUCAAUAGAACCCGGGCUCCCCUUGUUGCGACAGGAGACGGAUGCAAGUCUUUUGGGAGAAAGAUGGAAGCAAUCCUCGGUUAAUGAAAAUAUCGAGGAAGAGGAAGAAGAAGACGAGGGUGAUUACAUCCGCAAGGCAGUUCCCGCUGAGUUGCUUCCUAAUCCUGGUGAUUCCUGCGCCAUAUGCUUGGAUACUAUUGAAGAUGAUGAUGACAUACGUGGACUUACCUGCGGACAUGCUUUCCAUGCUUCAUGUAUUGACCCUUGGCUGACCAGUAGAAGGGCCUGCUGCCCUCUGUGUAAAGCCGAUUACUACGUACCAAAACCUCGGUCACAGGUAACAGAGGGCACAUCUUCAGAUCGCCAAGGACGCCGUGUUGGCUCAAAUCGUGGUGGUGUCACUAGACCUUCUCGAGCAGUUCGUCGGGGCCGAUCGAUCAGGGAAAGUCCUGCGCACAUGCGCAUGAAUGCUUCAUUUCGCCGGCUGAGUUGGUCACGAUUCUUACCAGCUCGUUUACGUGGGUCUUCUCAAGUCCCUACUGCUACAGAAAAUGAAGCACCAACUGAGACCAGGUCUUCACCCGAGCAACAAAACCUCACACCAGGCCAGCUUGAAGCUGGCGCCUGA